AUGACCCAAGACGAUCUCAAGAACGGUGCUCGCGCCGGUUCCGAUGUCUCGUCUGAUGAGUCUGACUGGGACGACGCGGAGCCCGAAGAAGAGGAGGCACAAUCCUUCAUUUCCUUGCUUGACGAUACUGUCUUUCCUGACGUCGAUGCCAUGCUGCGUCACUGCCGCACAAAGCACAAUUUUGACUUCCUCGCCAUCCGCCGUCGGCUUGGUCUUGACUUCUUUGGCACCGUCAAACUUGUCAACUACAUUCGUCAGCAUAUUCACGAUGGCUCUGCUCUGCCCGAGACUAUCUCUGUCGACGACAUUGCUGACGAGCGCUACAUGAAGCCUGUAAUUGAAGACGACGCCUUGAUCAUGGCUCUGACGGAGCUGGAUCUUGACGAUAAAACGUCAGGGCAGCUUCAGCAAGCGCCACAAGGGGGUGCCUCUCGGGAAGCUCAGCUUGAAGAAGAGUUGGCACAGCUUCAGUCCCAGUUCGCAAAGUACCGCAAUGCUGUUGAGCAGACUCUUGACCAGCGCUGGGGAGAAGACACGCCCGUUCCAACCCAGGGCGAGAAGCCUCGUGAUCCGGACGAUAAGGGUGUUCGGAAGGAUGAGUCUCAGUACUACUGGGAAUCAUAUGCCUCUAACGAUAUCCACGAGACGAUGCUGAAGGACAAAGUUAGAACAGACUCUUACCGCGAUUUCGUCUACAACAACAAGUCUCUGUUCAAGGACAAGAUCGUGCUAGAUAUUGGCUGUGGUACCGGCAUUUUGAGCAUGUUCUGUGCCAAGGCCGGUGCGAAGCAGGUCUUUGCCGUUGACAAGUCCGAUAUCAUCGACAAGGCCCGCGAGAACGUCUUCAACAACGGCCUCACCGAAAAGGUUACCUGUAUCAGAGGCAGGGUCGAGGAUAUCAGUCUUCCUGUCGAUCAAGUUGACAUCAUCAUCAGCGAAUGGAUGGGCUACUGCCUGCUUUACGAGGCCAUGAUGAACAGCGUUCUCGUUGCCAGAGACCGUUUCCUGAAGCCCGACGGCCUCAUCGCCCCGAGCAUCUCCACUAUCUGGGUGGCGCCCGUCUCGGAUCCAGAGUACAUCACCGACUUUGUUACCUUCUGGGAUGACGUCUAUGGCUUUGACAUGAAGUCAAUGAAAGAGGGCAUCUACGAUGAGGCUCGCAUUGAGAUCAUGCCAGAGGACUGCAUCUGCGGUACCCCCUCACAGAUCUCAUACAUUGACCUACACACCGUCAAGAUCGAGGACCUAGAUUUUGAGACCCAGUGGAAGUCAAAGGUGACCAAGGACAUUCCGUCACUUGACGGUUUUUUGACCUGGUUUGACAUCUUCUUCACGACUUCUCGAAACGACUCGAUCCCGGCAGAUCUACCGGUCAAGGCCGGCGAGACCAUUGUCACUAGACCUGGCGAGGUGGCCUUCACCACCGGCCCUGCAGGUCCUGACACUCACUGGAAGCAGGGUUUCCUGAUGAAUAAGUAUCUUGAGGGGAAUGCUAGUGUCACGGCCGGCACCGAGAUUUCUGGGCGCAUUGUCUUCAAGGCACCCGAGAAUAAUCCCCGGGCGCUGACUAUCAGCAAUACUUGGACAGUACCAGGCCAGGACAACAGGACGCAAAUGUGGAAACUCAGAUGA